CGUCUUGGAUUUUUCGGCUUUACCCUCUAAUCUUAUUCUGCAUUGGAAUCCAUUGUAUCUGCUACACAUCAUUUUAUUUUGGACCUUGGAGACUCCGUGUUCCUUUCGCAUCUCGCAAACUUGUAUCAGCCGUCUAGUCGCUUGCAAGGUUCCGGUCGCGAGCCCGCUAAAGAUGGACUAUCUAUGAACAAUACUGAGCCCAACGAAUUGCGAGCAGGCCGACCGGCGCAACAUGGAGGACAUCCGACCGACCGCGAGGUGGGCAAAUCGCAUGUUGCGCCCUCUGACCUCCAUUUACCACCGAUUGGAGAAACACCAUGAAAUCCGCGCCAGUGUCACGGAUGCGAAAACACGAGCGAAUGCUGGCAAUACCUAUCCAGAACGCGUGGACGUACCAACGAAGCGAAGUGCUCAAUCCGUCACUGACCAAGGUUGUACCUAUCCGGACGAUGAACCUGACGAUCCCGCCUGGAUACCUGGACGACCUCCCAGCCGCCGAAUCCGACACAAUUACUCGAGCCGCGGGCAAAGGAAUGGUGCGCGACGACGGACUCGAUUGUCGAUUCCGAGUCCGGAGACGCAGCGGACGUUGCCCGGCGCGAUCGAGAUUGCGACUCCGCUGAUUACCGGACGAUCGCACGGGUCCCUAGACACCUCGUCGUCAAUCAGGAAACAACUCUUUCGGAAUGCCAUGUCGACACUCAACGAUGGACAGGCUAGCGACAAUCGGAAAGGCACUCGUACUAGCAAUAGCAGUUUCCCCGCGUAUCAAGGCUCCUGGAAAGAAGUCCUUGACAUCUGUGGUGACCCAGGAUUUGUAGAUAUUGCGCGCUACUUGGAUCAUGUGCUUCUGAAGUUCUUGAAUAAUACUCGCGAUGCCCCGACAGUCAUCCCUCAACAGGAACAUACAACUCUUACAACACGCGGACCGCGGUCGCUGAUGUCAAUGGCUCUGCGCCGCCUUCCGGAUUUUGUUGCGCAGGAGCGGAUAUUACAAGACGAAUAUGAAGAUGACGGGGACCUUAAUAUGUGUGAUGCGUACUUCACGGAGCUGGAGAGCCACUACGCGUCCCACGGCAGCGGAUGGCAGCCGCUGCGCGAAGCAGCGCGCGCCCAAGGCAUUUAUUUGAUCUCGGAAAUGAUCCAGAGAGGAUGGAUCCCGAGACUGGCCGCUUGUCGGCUGCUGAGAGUCUGCUUGGAACAUGAUGAGUUCGAUGCUUUUGAAUCUCUGUUGUCCCGUUGCUUGCUUGACAUCCCCACUUAUGAAUAUCCCUUGGCUUUUGAUACUCCGCAGGCUACGAAUCAUCGCGAAGACCCUAUUCGGGUACUGCGUGCUUAUUACUCACGCGUCCCUUCGCGGCGGUAUUUUUUCUUCGAUGAAUUGGCGAAGCUUCUUACGCGCGGGGUGUUGCCUCCUGAGUGGAUGGUCACGAACCUGUGGAAAAAGUGUGUUGAUGGAGCGAUUCAAUCGGUAUCUACCGGCGAUGGUAAUCAUGCAGCUGCGACCAAGGUUGUCGAGGCUAUAAUCCUCGCCUCGGCUGGCAUCUCCUUGGAUAUGGGUACAGUCUUAGCUCGAGUUGAAGACUCGCCAAGGCAACAACACCCUACCAGCGCGAAGGACACACGUGCGUCUACAAAGAAUACGACUUCCCUGCUUGAAGGUCGAGCUCCAUGUCCUGUUCCUAUUCAGGACGCCUUGAGCAAUCUCACCUCGAGUCUUGUGACUGCCCUGUGCGGCAUGUGUAUUGCCCGCACGCAAGCAUCUGGGCUUGACGAAAGGAUAAGUGGACUGAAAGUCCGACAAGUGGUUGAGCAAUUCGCCUUCAGGGUACAAAGGGCCAUUGGAAUUGCCUCGACGCCGGGGGAGAUUCCGGUGCCAGGCCUGCAACUUCUCCGUCGUGGGUACGUCCUAUUGGGCGAGUUUAUACUACGAGCUAGCGACAAUAUCCCGUACGACGACCUAAUGGCGCACUUUGGUACAGUGUCCGAGCAAAACAUCGACGCCUUUUGGGUUUUAUUGGCUGGGCAGCACGAGAUCAUAAAGGAGUUGGCUGAAUUUGCUCGACAAGUGUUCCACUGCUGCGGGCAUGCACGCAAAUCAGAGCCGACUCGUACUCCGCGGGCAAUCAAGGACACGGUCAGUCGACUUGCUCGAGUGACGUCUCUGACCGGGGCGUCUCUCUUGCUGGAUCAAGUUGCGGCCGAAACUGCGAUGAUGCUGGCGGAGAUAACGCUGGAUGCGGAUGACCACGCAUGGGCUUUGGAAAUGCAAGGUGAGGCCAUCUCAUCACAGCGAGAGCACAGGGCGAUGCGGCCUCCGACAUCUCAGGGAGCACCUGCCGCGGAGAUUAAUGACACCUAUCGAUGGGAAGAUACUAUUGGGGAGUGGGUGGUAAAAACACCAGCAUCCAAACCCCUGCCCGCCCGGCCGAAAUUUGCGUUGAAGGCUGCCUGCUCAAUGAGCAGCAGCGCUUCGCCCAGCUCAGCUCCGUCCGAGGCGAUGGCUUCGAGCGUGACAUCAUCUGCACCAUCGUUAGCCGGUAAGAGGGGGUGUACUCAGCAGAGCCCGGGGCUGCGGUCGCCCAAACGCCUUCGGUCAGCGUCACUGAAGUUGACAAGAGAAACGUCUGGCGCUACGCGCAAGGAUUCAGAGCGCGUAGGCGAGUCAGAUUCUGCCCCUGUAGCCGCCCGGACUCGCACGGCUCUGCGGGAUCUUUCUCAAGCCAAAAAUCGCGUGAUCCAAUCAUCCCAGCCGGGGGGAUCGGCCACCAGCAAGCGUGUGACCCCUGUUCAACCGCCGCCCCGGAUCGAAGUGGUUAUCGUCAACAGGCAUACUCCUGCAGUUGACAGAACAGGGAUUCCCUCAGAUGCGGUGCUAGCCUGCAGAAAGUCGGCACGGUUAGCUCGAGCCUCGAUUUCGCCUUUGGCUUGCGCCGCCACUACCAGUGUCGCGACUGAAUCGACUCCAAGACCGUCUCGGCCUCGUGGCGCACAACGGCCACCGGUGGUGAUUUCUUUUUCAGACGAGGAUAGUGACGAUGAGCUCAGUUUUUUGGCUUAGAUUGUAGCCUACUUAUUGUUGUUAGUGUUUGGGUAUUGGUAUUGAUUUUACUAUGCCCAAGUCUUAGGAUGCAUGGAUUCUCGGGCAUGGAGCCGGCUAUUGGGUUUCUGUCGGUUUUUUUUUUUUUUUUUUUUUUUGUUUUUGUUG